AGCUGGGGAGGCUGAGGCGUACAUGGCAGACGGAGUUACCGGGUUUCUCCUGCGAGGCAGGACCACAUUAGGUUCCCGCCUCCCAAACCGAAAGUUAAGCAAGGGCUCCAAGUUUCGCAUAAACCCCGCGGGGACACGGUGACGCCGCGCCGCGGAAUGCGCUCGGACACCUCCACCGCCCCGCCGCUUCCGCCCUUCGGAAGCAUGGCGGCCGCGCGGCUCAGUUCUGAUUGGAUGUUGGAGGCCGCUCUGAACAGAUGGCGAUGCGAUUGGCCGCAGGCUGGCUGACGUCAGAGGCGGAGUCCGGGCCUGAAUGGGGACAACAUGCCGCCGUCCGGCCUCUUGGGCUCUAGGCUGUGGCUGAGUCGGGCCAUGAGCCGGUGUGUUUUGGAGCCUCGUCCUCCGGGGAAGCGGUGGCUGGUGGCUGGCCUGGGGAACCCCGGACUGCCAAGCACGCGACACAGCGUGGGUAUGGCGGUGCUGGGGCAGCUGGCGCGGAGGCUCGGUGUAGCAGAGAGCUGGGAGCGGGACAGGCGCUGCGCGGCCGACCUCGCUCUGGCCCCGCUUGGGGAUGCCCAGCUGGUCCUACUCCGGCCAAGGCGGCUCAUGAAUGCCAAUGGGCGCAGCGUGGCCCGGGCCGCGGAGCUGUUCGGGCUGACUGCCGAGGAGGUCUACCUGGUGCAUGAUGAGCUGGACAAGCCCCUGGGGAAACUGGCUCUGAAGCUGGGUGGCAGCGCCAGGCAAUGCCGAGGCUGCGAGUGGGCAUCGGGCGCCCCACGCACCCUGAUGCCGUGCAGGCCUACGUGCUGGGCUGCUUCUCCCCCGCCGAGCAAGAGCUGCUGCCUCCAUUGCUGGAUCGUGCCACCGACCUUCUCCUGGACCACAUCCGGGAGCGCAGCCAGGAACCCUCUUUGGGUUCUUGACAGCAGUGGCCCUGCGGCCUGCCCGCCUGCAGAGCCCAGCAGCCCAGCCGCGGUUACAGAGCCACACACCGACCUGUGGUAUCCACUUUAUACAACUCUCCUCUGGGCUGCUCCAGGCCACCCACAGGGGACUGUGGCCAGAACGGUCCAUUUCUAGGGUAGGGGCUUGGUCUUCUCUCUGUCCUACUUUGGAUGUAGGGGAACUUCAGGAAGACUAAGCCUUUUGAGCCUUUUUAGAGGAUUGGAAGUGUGGAUCUGUAAGAUUAAAGAUAUUAAAGAUGCCAGCUGGGGCGCUGA